UGCCCUACAGUCAACAGGUAACAGCUGUUAAAUGGUUUUCUUUUUUUAAUCUUUUGUUUAUUAUCAGUUAACUUUGGAAUUUAAAUGUGUUACAAUGCCAUAUAGAUGAAUAUUAAUAUAUAGUAUUUUUCUAUUCACGGUACAUUCAGUUACUUUUCUAAUAGUGAACAAGUCCCAUUAGCAUUAAUUUUGUCAUAAUUUGAUUAGGUUAGAAUCAUUCAAUAAUUCAAUAUGGCUUUAACAAAAGGUAAACUGCUGCAAUAUUAUUAUUACCUAUAUUGUACUAUUAUGAUUAGAACAUUUUCAAAUAUAAAUAAUUAUAAUUGAUUUCUGCAGGAAUUUUUAUUGUAGCUGCUAAAAGAACCCCAUUUGGUACUUACGGUGGUAAAUUUGUAAAAACUUCAUCAACUGAAUUACAAGUAGUAGCAGCAAAAGCUGCACUUGUGGCUGGUAAAGUAGACCCAAGUAUUGUUGAUUCUGUAGUGAUCGGAAAUGUUUUAAUGGUAAGUUUAAUCGCAUAAUGAUUAUUAUGUUAACCAAUCUGGUAUUUUCUAAAUACCUAUAUAUGUAAUUAAUAUUAAGUACUAUAAUAUAUUAUUUACAUUUUCAGAACACAUCUUCUGACGGUGCUUUUUUACCUCGGCAUGUACUUCUGCAUUGUGGAAUUCCAUUAGAUCGACAUGCGUUAGGUGUUAACAGAUUAUGUGGAUCUGGAUUCCAGUCAAUUGUAAAUGGAGCACAGGUAUUAUAAAUUAAAUAUUUGAAAAAUAUAGGUUUAUAAUCAUAUGUAUAAUAUUACUUAUUAGAGUUUUCAAAUAUGUUUUAUAGGUGUAUACUAAUUUAAUAACAAACAUUUUUUCUUUUUAAUAUUUCAAUACUAGAGUAUCAUAUGUGGUGAGUCACAUGUUGUACUGACUGGAGGAGUAGACAACAUGAGUCAAGCUCCACAUGUUGUUCGUAAUGCUCGUUUUGGAAUACCUUUGGGAGCACCCACUAUUUUUGAGGAUAGUUUAUGGACUGGGUUGACAGAUACGUUCUGUAAAUUGCCAAUGGCAUUAACUGCAGAAAAAUUAGCUGAAGUAUAUAAAGUUUCUAGACAAGAAGUAGAUGAAUAUGCUUUACGUUCACAGACUUUAUGGAAAAAAGGUACCUAACGUUAAUAUUAUUAAAUAAUCAAAAUAUUUUUACCUUCUUUUUUCAAUAUUCAAUACAUAGGUAUGCAAAAUUUACUACUUAGUUUAAUAUUUUUUUAGCUCAAGAAAAUAAUGUUUUCAGUACUGAAUUAGCCCCAGUAACUAUAAAAGUUAAAAGAACAGAUGUCACUGUAGAUGUUGAUGAACACCCAAAACCAAAGACUACUCUUGAAACACUAGCAAAAUUACCCACAGUUUUCAAAAAGGAUGGUGUAGUAACUGCUGGAUCAGCAUCUGUACGUAAACUUUUAAUGUAUUAUUACAAAUUUGUAAAUAUUUAUACCCAAUAACAAUGCUUAAAAAUGUUUUUCAUAUAUUAAAUAACUAAUUUAAAAUAGGGCAUAUGUGAUGGUGCCGGAGCUAUUAUAUUAGCUAGCGAGGAAGCAUUGAAAAAACAUUCAUUGACUCCAUUGGCAAGAUUAGUAGGUUACUCGGUUAUAGGUGUAGACCCAAGCAUAAUGGGCAUUGGUCCAUCUCCGGCCAUUUCAAAAUUGUUGAACCUUACUGGAAAAUCACUUAAUGAUAUUGAUUUGGUUGAGGUAGUUUAAAUUAAUAACACUUUUUUAUGAAUUUAAGAUUUGAUGUUUUGUAACUUUUUUUUUGAAGAUUAAUGAAGCAUUUGGUGCCCAAACUCUUGCUUGCCAAAAGGAAUUGAAACUUGACAUUGAAAAGCUUAAUGUUAACGGUGGUGCUAUUGCAAUUGGCCAUCCAUUAGCAGCAUCAGGUGCCAGAAUUACUAGUCAUCUUGUCCAUGAACUUAGGUGAGCAAACAAUUAUUAUUUAUAAUAAUUAUAAAUAGUAUUUGAUCAUAGAACCAGGAAGUAUAUUAUAUUUAAUAUAGCCUCAUUAAGCAAAUUACAAUGAUUAAUUUCUUAGACUUUGAUAACACUUAUUAUCAACAAAACUAUUACUUAAAAAUGAACAUUACACAUUGAUAAUUUAUUUUAAUACAAGUAAUAAGAUUUUAAAAUUUGAUUGAAUUAUAUAUAUACAUAUAUUAUAUUUGUUUUAGGCGCAAGAAUCUUAAUUAUGGAAUCGGAUCUGCUUGUAUUGGUGGAGGUCAAGGUAUUGCUGUGAUGGUUGAAAAAGUUUAAGAAAAAAUAAUUUUUAUUUUAUAUAUAUAUCAAAAGACUGGUUAUGGGAUUAUUUUAUUUUCAAAAAAAAUUGCUGUAAUAUAAAAAAGAUUUGCUUUAAUAUCAUUGUUAUGUUCAAAUUUUAAUUUAUUCUAUUUUUGUUAAACUAUGUUAUCCAUUUUAUACCAAAUUACAAGUUAUUAUUAGCCAAAAUGUAUUUUCAUGGUAUAUUAUUUCUCAAUUAUUGAAGUAUUUAUUGAAUAGCUUAUUAGUUAAUGGUAUCUUAAUGGUACAAGCAAUAAAUAACACAAUUUUAAAUGGUACUUAUAUCAUUAUAACAGAUUGCACAACCUUCAAUUAUUUAUUAAGACCUGAAAUCUAAAAGGUAAUAUUAUUGGAAUU